AUGGCGGCGUCAGCGGUUCAUCGCUCUACCUCUACCUCUGCAGAUGUGCGGCAAGUUCACAGCAGAGUGACUCUACCUCUUCAGCACGUUCAUGUGCUCUCUGCGUUAAAACCAACAUCUGUCCGGCCGCCUCAGCCUUCAGCGUCUCUGCGUUUUCAGAAGAAGAGAAGUGCAGAACAAAUGAGCUCUUUGUACGCCGGAGGUAAUUAACGGAUGGAGUUCAUACCUGCAGAAUGAGCCUGACGUGUGGACAUGAUCAUUAAAAACGAAGCCUGCAGAUCUGCAGAGGUUAGAUGCUGACACAGGAGCCUCAUCUCAGAUUCACACGUUUGUCCAUCUGCUGUUUGUUAUUUUAUCUUUGAACAUGUACGAUAAUUAAAAAAACAAACCUUUAACUUCUAUUCACCAACAUCAUUAUUUUAAUGUUCGUCCUUUAAUGGAUUUCCAUCAUUAGAUUGAGGUUGUUGAAACAGAAGAAGGUAAGACGGAUCAGAAACUACAUGAGCGUGAUGAUACAGUCUGUAGAUUAGGAUUAAUCUGAGGGUCUUUUUGGAUUAAAUGGGUCAGGAUUAAAUCUUUUACUGGACACGGAUUGUGGAGUUGACUGUCAGACUCUAAACACGCUUUCAUGUUAGCGUUAUAUUUUUCUAAUUUCUGACUAAUAUUUAAAGAAAUUACCUGUUACUGGAUAAAUGUUUAAUGGAGUUAAAUUUUGGAUGUACCGCUCAAAUCUGUCACUCUCUCAUCCUGCUUUCAUAAGUUUAGUUUUGUAGUUUUGGUUUCAGAGUUUUAGAGCUACAUUAAAAGACAAAAAUAAAGGUUCCAAAAUAAAGUUUUGAAAGAUUUACAGAAUAACCCACGAUUUCCACCACAUCUGGAACAAUGGCGAUUUUCGCUGUAUGCCAAUUCGUACCGGAUCAGUUUGUGAGGCGAAUUUCAUGGCCGAUUACGGACAGCAGGAAUCACGAGAACUCACAAGAACCUGCGGAUUCACGUUCAAUCGCGCGAUAACGAGUUGUCUCUAUAAAGACAGACACAUAGACAUACAGUAUAAGCAGUAGAUUGUGUCCUUCCAGAGGAGGAAAUCUACUUCUAGACUUCUAGAAUCAGCAUCUCCUCAUCCAUGGUGUCAUUAAGAUGAAAUGUUGUUAAUCUGUGCUGAAUUUAUCCGGCAUGCUCUGGCUCUGUCCGGCAACUCUUGCGAUCAGCUGUGGAGUCCGACGAUCCGGCGAAAGAAGUCGGUGUAAAUUGACACGUUAACUUGAAUGGUUACGAUCAGCUACGAUCGGAGGAUACGACCUUUUAGUCGACGAUCAGGAUGAAGGUCGAAACUGGGGGUAAAGUUGUGGUUCUGGUUAAGUUAAAUAAAGAUAGAGUUGUAGGGCGCCUUGUCAAACUGUUCAUGUAAGGACAGGUGGAUUCACAUUUUUUUAUUGCAGUCUCGACAUAGUCAACGAUACUGUAUCGUUAAACUUCUCAGUUAUUUGUGAAACCUUCUUUAAAAUAGUUUUUCUCAUUAUUAAGCAGGUGGAUUACUCUCUAACAGCAGCAGUACCUGGAUAAUCAUUGACUGAAAUAACUUAAAAACUUUAAACACGUCACAUGAUCAGAUUUUGUUCCAUUUCUUUCUCAAACUCCAGGUUCUGACCGGGUUUUGCGACACUUCAACUCCUUUACCUCCGACACAAAACUAAUAAAAAGUCUAAAAUCGAAGGUUCGCGUCACGCUCUGCAAACCCGAAUGUGUUUCUGAGACUUUCAGAUAAACUCUCGCAGAGUUAACGGUGAAUAUUCGAGUCUCUGCAGCUCUUUUUUUUUCUGGUUCAUAUGGAAAAUGAAAAUGGAAGACAAACUGUUUGCCCAGCAGAAUAUUAAUUACCAUUACUGAAAGCAGUGUGGUGAAAACAAAGUGUCCCACUUGUCAUUCAGCGACUUUCUGCUGUCAUUGUUUACUCCUUUAACAUCUGUUCCCCUCGGUGUGCAGAUGGAAAGUUCUGCAGAAGUGCUAAAAUGACAUUGUUUUGACAUUACGUUUUUCCAGGUGACAUCUCUCCUAAACCCCGGAGGCUACAGAUUUAUGCCGACAGUGACUGUGGAGAGCACCGUGAUGGCUUCUGCUGUGAUGUUUUACGACUACCAGACCCCGAACAUCCCCAAACCCUCUCUGUUCAGUAUGUCCCUCCUGCUGCAACGCCAACAUCUUCUCAUUCCUCAGCGCGCCUGUUGUCACUUUCACUGAUGUGUCAGCAGGUCUGCAC